AACAAGCCAGAUUGAACGUGUGGGUGCUGGACGGAGAACCGCAGCACGCAGGCUUGCUGAAGUUUGCCCUCAAGGAAGACACGUUUGCUGAUACGCUGGUGAUGCUUGUGGUAUCCAUGGCCCAGCCCUGGGCUCUCCUGGAGUCACUCAACAGAUGGGUGGAGGUGCUUUCCGAACAUAUCAACAAGUUACGGAUCCCCGCUGAAACCAUGCGGGAGUAUGAGCAGAGCUUGAUACGAACAUUCCAGGCUUAUACAGAACCUGGGGAUGGCCCUAUAGCGAUCCAGCCACAUCCCAGAGGGGAGAUCAAUCCUCUUCACCCACCAGCUUCAGGGUCAGAAGAGGAGAGUCAUCUGCCCUUGGGAGAUUUAAUAUUAUCCAGAAAUCUAGGAAUUCCUAUAGUUGUUGUUGUAACAAAGAUUGACGAGAUCUCCAAUUUAGAAAAAGAACAAGAUUUCAAGGAGGAACAUUUUGAUUUCAUACAACAACACAUACGUAAAUUUUGUUUGAAGUAUGGUGCUGCCCUGUUCUACACCUCGGUCAAGGACGAGAGAAACUGCGACUUGUUGUACAGGUACCUGGUACACAGGAUCUACGGUUUUCCAUUCACAUCUCCAGCGCUGGUGGUGGAGAGGGAGUCUGUGUUUGUACCGUUUGGGUGGGACAACGAGAAAAAGAUCAGUAUCCUCUACGACAACAUGACCACGAUGAAGCCAGACGACCCUUUCGAAGACGUCAUCACAAAACCAUCUUCCAGGAAG